ACUGGGACGGUCAGUGUACACCAGGCAGUGUAUACUGAGGGGCUAACAGUCAGUGUACACCAGGCAGUGUAUUACUGGGGGACUGGGACAGUCAGUGUACACCAGGCAGUGUAUACUGGGAGACUGGGACAGGCAGUGUACACCAGGCAGUGUAUACUGGGACAGUCAGUGUACACCAGGCAGUGUAUACUGAGGGACUGGGACGGUCAGUGUACACCAGGCAGUGUAUAUGAGGGGUUAGAGGAGUCAGUUGAUGUAAACUGAGAGAUUGAAGAGUGUAUACUGAGGGACCAGUCCGUGUACUGUGAGGGAUUUGGAGGUAGUCUGAGGGAGUUCUUGAGAGGCAGUCUCUGAGUGUUGGACAGUGUCACUGUGAACACAGAACAGUUGUUACUGGAGAGAUCCAGGGACACCCGGUUAGCCAGGGACAGGGAGAUUUGUUAAACAUGCAUUAUUGUCCGGAGUUAUAAAGAUAAGCAGCCAGUGAGUGCAGGGUACAGUCAUCCCGAGAACAGCUGGCUAGUGAAAGUUAACACUCUGAAUAUUUAAUUCACGGCGAAAGUCUGAUGACAGUGAACUGAGAUUGAAAGUAAAGUGUGUGUAAAAAAAAACACAUUACAAGCGACAGUGGAGUGUUUAAAGAGUACUUUUAUUCCUGCGCGGCCAGAGACAGUGUGAAUGAUCGCAUUUACUGAUUCUACACCAGCCGUGCAGAGUCUGUCCGUGCUCGGCUCGGAUUGUCGCUGCUGCAGGUCACAGGCGCACGUUUGAAAGUGCAUUUUUGAAAUUUAAAUCCGGUCGUUAUCGAGAGAAGUCGGAGAUGUCGACACUGACGUUUAAGAACAAGCUGGUGAAUUUGCUGUGCUGCAAGUUCUGUGACAAUGUGCUGUGUGCCCGGGGUAUGAAGGCAGUGCUCCUUGCUGACACAGACGUGGAACUCUAUUCCACUGACAUCCCUCCCACAAGGGCUGUGGACUUUGUUGGAAAUUGUUACCUCACAGAAAGCUGCAAAUGUAAAAUAAAAGACAUUGCAUGUUUAAAAUGUGGUAAUGCUGUUGGCUACCAUGUGGUUGUCCCAUGCAAGCCAUGUUUGCUUUCCUGUAACAAUGGCCAUUUCUGGAUGUUUCACAGCCAGGUGAUCUAUGCUGUCAAUAGAUUGGAUUCCUCUGGUGUGGAUCUGCUGCUGUGGGGGAACUUACCAGAUACAGAAGAUGAAGAGACUGUAUUUAACCUAUCUGAAGAGGAGUGUAUCAGAUGAUGAAAAAAUCAACAGCUUCUACAUUUUGGCUUUGUUUUGUUUUAAAUAUAAACCUACUUUGUCAUCAUGUCAAUUUUCUAAACACUUUAGAAUCUGCAGCAUGAUGAUUUAACUGCAGUUUGAGAGUUGGAGCCAGCUUGUUUGAAGUUCUUUACAGCAGAGAAGGAUGUGAACAUUCUCACCCUGCAAGUUGUUAAAUGAACACGAGGCAGGAUUGGUGAAGUGCUGUUUGGUGCUUUGCAGCUUUUGAGACAAUUGUGUCAGACCCUACUGAAGACUUCUGCCUAUAAUUAAACAUGAACACACUGGACAGGCCGUGCACAGCUCAUAGCAGAUGUCACAAUGGCUGGAACUGACGACUGUGGUUGUGGAUGGUGUAACAUUGGGGUGGGGUUAAUCUCUACCUCGCCCCUCUUUUUUAUUCUCAAUGACCCAUCUGAUUGAAAGCUGUAAUUUUGGCAGGCAACCUAUUUGCACUCAGAGGGCAAAGAUUGUUUUUAUAAGGUAGCAAAGCAGGAAUUCAUGCAAUUUCCCUGGGAAUAAUGUUACUGGUUAUAUUUAAUUGUUGUUGAUGUUUAAAUUGGAGUUAUUUCUGAAGGGGAGCAUAUGAUGAGUGAAACCCUCUUAUCAAUGAUGGGCGUGCAACACUCAGACUCUGCUGGCGUUGCAUUUCAGAUGUAGCUAAUCAGCUUAAUUGUGGCUAAAUAUUUGUAUAUGAGGGUACUCUGUGCAAAGGAAUGAAAUAUGUGAUAAAUAUGUCCACUCACAGCAUAUGUGGACAGACUGUAACAGUGAAGUUUUAAUGUCAUCUGUUUGUAUUUUGGCUUUUAAAUUAAAUUUCAAACAUAAACUGUCCUGUACUGCAAUGUACUCCAGUAAAACAGGAAUUGCUGAGCAAUGAGAGGAAGGGCCACAGCAACGCCCUUUUGGAAAAAGACACUGAUUUUAUUAAGAAACGUCUUGAAUAAAAUCAGUUUUCUAUUCAAAGUUUGAAUUUCUGACUUGAAUUAAACAGACACAUGACAUACUAAUGCAAUUCCUAGGUUCUGUUCAGCAGCCACCAAUAAUACUUCGACUUCAUCGGUAUGAUUGUGUGGAUCAAUGUUUUCAGCAGUGAGACUGACAUACCGCUGCUCUCCACAGAUCUCGGUUAGAUGCUCCUUGAUCUUUGCCAGGGUAAGCCCCACUGCAGCUGUUUGUUAUUCAUUGGAUUGCUUUUUUUCUGGCCUGGAGUGAUUAUUUCAUUUGGUACUACUGAUUGUGAAAGCAAUUCUCCUCUUGACAAUGUUGCUGAUAUUUCCACAAUGCUGAAACCUGGCAUUCUUUUUUAACAGACAAACAAGGAAGUGGAGCCCUCAUAAUGACCAAAAACCAUUCACACAUUGCUUUUCCUCAUAAUUUUAACAAAUGCAUAAUGAUUAAAAUCCAUAUGCGCACACUGGGGCAAAUCUAAUCAUCGAGAUCACCAGCCCAGUGAGAGUGACCAUCAUUUCUUUCCAGUUACUUAUCAAAAAUGCAAUUAGCUAUUUUAGAUGCUCUUUGAAAAUGUAGUGAACAUUAUUGGAAUUCCUUUUUGGUUUAUCACACAAAUAGAAAGAUUUGCUAACAAGUAAGAAUACACUCUGGAAAUUAUAGUGAAAUUCUGUGUGUGUACCCUGCCAGGUUUAUGGGUUAAAAUAUAGCUAGUUACGCAAACCUUUAAAGGGUGGCUACUCCAAAUGGAGCGCUGUCCCUUCAGAGAGCGUGGAAACAGACCAUUCAGUCCAACUUGUCCACGCCGACCAGAUCUAGUCCCAACCCAACCCACUCUAGUCCCAUUUGCCAGCACUUGGCCCAUAUCCCUCUUACCCCUUCCUAUUCAUAUAUCCACCCAGAAGCCUUUUAAAUGCUGUAAUUAUACCAGCAUUGACCACUUCCUCUGGCAGCUCAUUCCAUAACAUACCACUCUGAGAAAAAGUUGCCUCUUUGGUCCCUUUUAUAUCUUUCCCGUCUCACCCUAAACCUAUGCAGUCUAGUUGUAGACUCCCCCACCCCAGGAAAAGACCCUGUCUAUUUAUCCUAUGUUACUCACGAUUUUAUAAACCUCUAUAAGGUCACCCUUCAAUCUCCGACGCUCCAGGAAAAACAGCCCAACUGAUUCAGCCUCUUCCGAAAGCUUGAACCCUCCAACCCUGGCAACAUCCUUUUCCGAACCCUUUCAAGUUUCACAACAUCCUUCCGAUAGGAAGGAGACCAGAAUUGCAUACAAUAUUCCAAAAGUGGCCUAACUACUUGAAGCCAUGAAGAUCGCAUAUAAUUUACACAGAAACCUAUCAUAAAUAUUUUGCAGGCUAUUUAACAAUUCUGUAUGAGAGUUUAGUUAGCUGCCACAUCAGUUUGUGUUAAUUGUACUUUGCUUUACAGUUUUCCAAAAUGUUCAUGCAUUUGUCAAAGCUUUCUAGUUUCCAGGCCAGCCCCCAAAUUGGAAACCAGAUGCACUCCUUGGCUUUUUGAGAUGUGGAUUUGGCUGAUUUCAGUACCUCGUGGGUUUCUGUGCAUGUCCAGUUUUCUUCUGUCUUCACAACUACAAUGGGUUGGUGAAAGAGUAGUAGCUUUUUGAAUAUUCACUUGCAACAAAGUACCAUUCAAUUUAAUAUUGAAAAGUUUGGGUGAAAUUAAAGGCUGUAUAAUCUCUAAAUGCUUUUUAUCAGCUCUAUUCAACAGCAUUUACUAAUCUUUCCCGACAUCUUGAGUAAGAACGAUAAUUUGCCAGCUGCAGAGAUCAUAAACUCCAGGCUUGACUUCCUGGUCUAUGCUGAGCCAGUCCAGUUGUAGAGAUGCUAUUAGUGAUCACUACAGAAUAAUAUGUGGGGAUAUCAGCCAAAGUUCUUUUUCCCUGAUUGCUACUCAGCAAGAACCCCUUCAACCAUAGUGGAGAGGUGCAUAAUUGGAUUAAUGUGCUUUUCCUUUGCACUUCUAGUAAAAUAACCGACUGCCACUCGCUGUCUGGACUUAAUGGAGAAUGACAAUGGGAUGAUCACCAGCCAAUUAGUCAGUUCUGUUGAAAUUUCCAGUAGAGACAGGUGAAAAUUAGUGCCAAAAAUACCUCUCUAGAUUCCAAACUUGGCACAAGUUCAAUGUGUCAUCAGUCACUUAAACCAACCAAAUAGCAAUCCUACAUACAGUUACAACUUGCACAAAGCUAAUCCAAUAUAUGAAAUGGACAGUAACAUGCCAAUGAAUUCUUGUUAGCAAUGUCUUUUUGUUCUUUUACUGAUCUUGUUUGAAAUGAAAGAAAUUCUUACAUUUCAUUUUUGUGUCAGGAGUUUUCUGUUGGAUUGAAUUGAAGUAAGGGGAAAAGAAACCUCUGCUGGUACUCUGGAUACUGAGUGAGUGAGAGGUAUAAGAGUGGAAUGAUUGCUAUUUGAUGAUGUGAUAUUCUGUUUAUUUUGUGUAAAUAUAUUUUUUAUUUUUCUGGUUUGAGUGUGUAUUUGGAGCUAGUAUUCCACAUGAACAGCAUUGACCUGUGUGUACA